UCGGGACUAACAAAAUUAAACCUCGUAUAUCGCCGAGAGUUUCGUGCUGUGUCAGGCCAGUUCACCUAAAUUAGGCAUCACGCGACAAAGUUUUGAUGCUUUAAUUUGGUCAACUGUGCGGCUAGUGCGACACCGGUGCUGAAAUGCUUGAAAGAAAACUCGAAAUUUGGCCCCCAUAUACGAACAUAAACAUUUCCAAUGUUAAAAUUAAUAUUUCAGUUCUAAGUAGACACCUAGAAAGUAAGAGAUACUGAAACAAAACUUGAUGUUUUAUUGUGUUCAGCGGCCCACAAACACAAUAUGAAAUAUUGCGCAAUAAUAUUGACCGUUUAGGGUUUACAUUGAAAGGUUGCACAAUAUAUUGUGUCAAUCAAAAACAGUUUGGUUUUUAUUGUGCAAUAGUGAUUAGUUUGUAUCGCGUGUGGAUAAUAUUGCACAAUAGUUCAGUAUAUUUUUGUUUUCUCUGCGUGUUUGUCUCGCUGCUCGGCUCUGUUUUGAAUAUUUUAGAUCAGUGGUUUGUCAGCAAAUAUGGGAUCAAAAGCAAAAGAGGAAGAAAGACGAUUUAUUUUAGAAGUCAUCGAAAUGUACCAUUCUUUGCCAGCUUUAUGGAAUACAAAAAGCAAAGAAUAUAGCAACAGAAAUAAAAAAAAUGAACAAUAUGAUGAAUUACUAGGGAAAUAUAAGGAAAAAUACCCGAACGCUGAUAGAAAACAAUUGAUAAGCAGGCUGAAUUCGCUGCGAACUAACUUCAGGAAGGAACUUAAAAAAAUUAAUGAUUCUAAACGUAGUGGAGCAGGUACCAGUGACGUUGUAGAGCCAACAUUAUGGUAUUUCAAUGAAAUUAAGUUUCUGAUAGGCAUUGAAAAACCAUGUGAGUCUCAAAAUAUUAGGGAAAUUGAGAACGAUAGCCAGGGCCAGGAUAUAGCUGAUAAUAAUUACAGUGAUGUACCAACUACUGAAGGAAAAAAGAAAGAAGAUAAUCAUCCAAAGAAAAAGCAAAAACUAGAGGAUAUUAGGAAAGAGGUACUCCUUCUUGCUCGCGAACAAUUGCAAAAGCCAGAUAGUGAAUAUGACAAAAUUGCUGCUGCUUGGGCCGUAGAACUAGCAAAAAUGGAACCAGGACAACAGUUAUUUGCGAAAAAAGGUGUUAAUGACAUUUUAUUUGAAGGCCAGUUAGGUACUCUUCACAAAAAUUCUAUAAAAAUUAACGAAAUUUGUCCAGGUAACAGUCAAACUACACCUAAUCUUUCCGUAACCUUUUUUCCGCAAAGCCACACAAGUAACUCUUCAUGAUCAUACGACACAAAUCAUUACUCAUCCCCACCACCUGGAUACAAAUCCAAACGUUAACUGGAUAUAACUGUACAUCCGGAAACCAGCCCGGUGGUCCUGCUGGUGAUUUUUUUUUCAAACUUUUAAGAAUCAACAAUAAAUAAUAAAAUGUGUAAAUAAUGAAGUGAA